AAGGCGUCACCCCAUGUUCGCAUUCGUUCGCUACUAUUACAUGCCGCCGUCAUCGCUGCGGGGUACUCCCUUGCAGAAAAGGUUGGAAUGAGGGUAGAUUCAGUGGCCACUGUUUACAGUGCCAUUAGCUUCCUUGCCUUUGUUGACGAUUGCACGGAUUCGGCCAGGUUUCAACUGGCUUCCUGAUCGAAUUUAGGGUAAACAGGACGCAUGGGCCUUUCGUGUGUUCAGAUAGUGAUUUGUAUAUAAGGAUAUUUGGCUGAGAAACUAACCGAAAAUGUCGACUUUUAGUUCCGCUCACUCCUAUAUGUCACCUCCUCGUGGUGAUUCCGUGCAUGACGACCUACAGUCUGACCAUCCUCAAAGUUCCGACAUUGAAACACCAAGGGCAGUCCACGACUCUCAAGAAGAGCACCCAAGUGAAUCAGAGAGUCCAACACAUCACACAGACCCCUCAUCGAAACACCGGCGGUUUUACAGUCUCAACUACGCGCCGACGUUUAUACCAAAUCCAUUUCCUCAUAGGAACACAUAUAGUUCGAGGAAAGGCUAUCGGUCUUCCGUGAUUCUGAACCCCAUUUACGAGGAGGGGACGCAUGGCAAUGACUUAAGGUACGGGGAGGAAAUAUACUUUGGCCGACCUAAUGGGAGUCAUACCUACACCAGAGGUUUCAUUUUUCACCACGAUGAGGACGAAAGGGCGUCGUAUCGCACGGCAACACCCGACUACAGUCGCCACAGUGGGAUGCGACCAGAAAGUUUAGAAUCUUUCCCGUACUAUACUUGGUCUUCUAGAGCUUCUAGUUUUCAACGACCAAUAGUUGUACCUCCUGUUGUCAUAACAGCGCCUCCCAAAGAUAUGCCAUGGCAACCGCCGCACAUGCCUUUUUUCUUCAAGUGCCCGCCUCCGAAACCUGCAAGUUACAUGUGGUUUGCCAUUAUAGUGGCCAUGGUCUUCAAUGUACUGUUUGGAUUGAUAGCAAUUCAUUUUUCGCUUGUGUCAAAAUUCGAGUGGAAAAGAGGCAACGUGGCAGCCGCUAAAAGGAACGGACUACGGUCUCGAAACGUUGCGCUUGCAGGGAUAUUGACAACCGUGAUCUUCCUCUUUAUAAUACUCGUAUGCCUUGCAGGCUUCGGAAUACUCGAGUUUCCGGAUGUGAUACUGUUGUGAAAAAGUAACAACUAUCGCAAUCAACCAAAAGAUGACGGAAGCUUCAGCUGGAAUCUGUUAAUAAUGUACUUGACUUGAAUCGGACCGUACUAAAGCGGCCGAAGUGACCUUAAAUGUCCCAUAAUGGAUAGACAACGGUCUGAUUUUUUUUUGUACGAGAGUGAAAUAUAACGUACUUUUAAAAGUGUAUAUAGAAAAAAGUGCGCUCAAAAUCAGAGUCAAAGUUUUUAGAUUAGUAGAAAACAUUGGUUACAAUUUCGUUUUUACAAAUUUAUAAAGGUAACUUAUAAAUUUAUAAUCAUUAUUUUCCAUUAUGUAGUAAGAUAGUCAUCAGUUAUUUUCAAAGCAAAAAUGUUUUCAUUGGUAAUACAAGUAUACGUGUAGCAGUUCUCAAUAUUUUUAAAUUAAGCAUUAGUUUUAACCCCCCCCCCCCAAAAAAAAAAAAAACGCUUGCUCUUGCCCUCAUGUGGAAAAUGUAACAAGGUUUUAAAAAGAUUCAUAGCACAGACUAGAAUUGUCAGAUUUUACAAAAUGUCAGAUGAAAAAGGGGGCACUGUGGGCCCUUGAUGACUAGCACCGAUUUGACUCUUAUAAUUUUUAUCAUAUUUUUUAUUAAUAAUCAAUCAAAACUCAUAGGCAUAUUUGAUUAGAAAGGAAAGCUUGAAAUCGGACAAGAAUCCACUGUUUGUACAGUAUAUCUUUAUUGGUACAUAUUUGAAUAAUGACAACACCUUAUAAUGUGAACACUUGCCAAAACUUUUAGCAUGCAGAGGAGAUAUUUCUUAACAUUAAAUGGGGGUUGCUUAUUUAUCUUUAUCAGUUUUUUUCCAAACACACAGAUGGCAGGAAAGAAGUGGAUGGGUGUAAUUACCAAUAUAAACAACAGAAAUAUGUACAUUUGUAAAAAUCUGUAGCAGAAAAAUUCUUAUUUAA